UGUCUGAUGGUCUAUUGUAUUCUUCACUACUGUUUGAAUAUCCCUGUCAGCAGUCAUCUGUACUGUCCGCAGUCUCUGGUCAUCCCUGUACUGUGUCCGCAGUCUCUGGUCAUCUCCUGUACUGUGUCCGCAGUCUCUGGUCAUCUCCUGUACUGUGUCCGCAGUCUCUGGUCAUCUCCUGUACUGUGUCCGCAGUCUCUGGUCAUCUCCUGUACUGUGUCCGCAGUCUCUGGUCAUCUCCUGUACUGUGUCCGCAGUCUCUGGUCAUCUCCUGUACUGUGUCCGCAGUCUCUGGUCAUCUCCUGUACUGUGUCCGCAGUCUCUGGUCAUCUCCUGUACUGUGUGUCCGCAGUCUCUGGUCAUCUCCUGUACUGUGUCCGCAGUCUCUGGUCAUCCCUGUACUGUGUCCGCAGUCUCUGGUCAUCCCUGUACCGUGUCCGCAGUCUCUGGUCAUCCCUGUACCGUGUCUGCAGUCUCUGGUCAUCCCUGUGUACCGUGUCUGCAGUCUCUGGUCAUCCCUGUACUGUGUCCGCAGUCUCUGGUCAUCCCUGUACCGUGUCCGCAGUCUCUGGUCAUCCCUGUACCGUGUCCGCAGUCUCUGGUCAUCUCCUG